AUGAAACAAGAACCUCGCCAACGCAAUCAUAAGCCAUCGUUGGAGAAGAACAGUAAAACGAAAAAGUACGGCCAUUCGGCCCCCUUAAAACUUGGGCAGCGAUCCAAAAAGUUGACACAUGAUAAUCAUAUGGUGCGUCGAGAACACUCGAAUGCAAGUAAGUUUCGCCAGCUUCAGUCAAGCGCAGACUUUUACACAGAGGUCGUGCUUGAGCUCAGUCUGCGAUUGGGCUGGAUUGAUUUGCCGCGGCCUUCACCUUAUCGCAAGGAUCGGUCGAUGGUUACGCCGUGCCGCGAAGAAUGA